GUAGGCACAUUGAAAAAGCGUAGAAUUUUUGUAUUUAAUUAGUUUUAUUAUUCCUUUUGCAUUAUUUAAAUUAAGCGAUUUGCUGCAUCGUUAGUGCUGCUUCUACAAUGGAGCUACAUAUUUGAAGGAGCUGCUAUAUUCUAUGGAAUACACUUGCAUACAAAACAGGCCAACCAACAUUUGACAGAAUUAGCUGUUGAGAAGUAUGUGUAGAAAUGAAGAGAGACGGUAGCAACCGUAACGGCUCGGAGCGGGGCUCGGACAGGCCGGGGGACAAGGACAGUGACCCCCUGAUUGUCUCGUCCGCUAUCUCUGAGGAGCCUAAGCCAUUGUGUGGACUGUGCCCGAUGUUCCCGUCGUGCAUGUCGCUGCUGUCGCGGCGCGCGGAGCACCAGGCGCCGCGGCCCGGGCAGACCGCCGUUGUUCUGAAUGUGUACGACAUGUAUUGGACCAACUGGUACACAGCUGGUGCUGGGGUGGGAGUAUUCCACAGUGGAGUCCAAGUACACGGUUCAGAAUGGGCGUACGGCGGGCACCCUUACGCCUUCACCGGCGUGUUCGAGAUAUCGCCGCGCGACGAGAGGGAGCUCGGCGAACAGUUCCGGUUCCGACAAAGUGUGCACAUAGGAUAUACAAGUUUCAGCGAAGAAGAAGUCAGACGACUUGUGGCAGAAUUAGGGAAACAAUUUCGAGGUGACAGAUACCACCUCAUGAACAACAAUUGUAAUCAUUUCACAUCGGCGUUCUGUUUGGCGCUUUGCGACAAACCGAUCCCGGCGUGGGUGAACCGACUGGCGUAUGUGAGCUCGUGCGUUCCUUUCCUGCAGCGGUGUCUGCCCAAAGAGUGGCUGACGCCCGCCGCCCUGCAGCACUCGCUGGCCGCGCAUUCGCGUUCCUCCUCGCCCAACACGCCGCAAUAGCACAUGCCGUGGUGCGCGGCGAACGCGGACCGAGGCUAGCACAGCCCAUCGCGUUGUCAAAGGCAUCGUACGUUACUGUUAACUCAUUCUCCAUGUUGUUAAUACUAGAUUUAUACAAGUAUACUGUAGUCCAGUCACCGCUAGUAAACGUGUUUUUUUAAUAAAACAUACCGCAUCAAAUUGGUUGUCCGUUUAAGAGCUGCGCUGCCACAGACACACACACAUAGCGGUCAAACUUAUCCUCCUAAGGCCCACGAUCCUACCUAUAGUACCUCCUCAGUUCGAUAAAUCCUAUUCAAUUGGAGCAGAGACGCUUUUGCAUUGUUUCAUUCAAUUUGCCAACAACGCAAAAUCAACUCUAUUUUCUACACUAUAGGUUCAAAUUCCAGUGGCAAAUUAUGGAUUUUUCAUUUGUAUGGCUGGGUCUUAGGAGGUUAUGACAUCCCUCUUUUUGCGUCGGGAGCUAAAAUAAUAUUAGCACUUCUUACGGGUGAAUUGUAAAAAAUGUGUACGUAUUUAAAAGGACCUGUCUUAAUUUUAUUGUGUUACGAAAAAUAAUCACAUAAAUUGUAAUGUAUUGUACUUAUUUAAUACACAUAAGUUUAAAGCAUACGCCAUCGCCAUCAUACUUACUGCAUAUGCCUUUAAAAAAACUGCUUACUUUUCGUAAUACAAAAUACAAUGCAAUCAGUAAGGUAUUUGACUACUAGUCAAAUCAGCUAUGCAAAUCAGUAUAAUUUUUCGAACUGUCAAAACGAUUUUUCUAUAGAAUUUAUAUGAAACACUAGCAUGUGACGUCACAAUCAAAGGCAUCGUAGGGUUUUAAAAUAGAAACAAUUUUCUGGUGCUGGUUCAUGCAUGGUGGAAAAUAAUUUUAUUUUAAAUACAGUCAAAUACCCUAUUAACUUAAAACUAAUUACAGGUACUCAACUAUUAUGUACUACGUAUUUUUUUUUUUUGCAAUUCACCCUUAAAAACCAUAUUUAAGAGCGUGCGCCAAAUAUGGACACCUUUUGGAUAUAUUGACUUUCCAUCUUGAAUAAGGGCGGGCUGCACAAAAACAAUAUGUUACAUGAGCUCCGUUAUUUGAGGAUUUACCUGGAUAAUAUUUCAUUUUUUUGGCAUUAAAUAUAAUUCAGCAUAAGAAAUAGCUCCGUAUAAUACUGUACAUUGCUGGAAAUUUGUAUAUACUAAAAAUAUGUGCCGUUUUCAGCCAAAAGGAUACUUAUUGUCGGUUAUCAAUAAGGCGAUAUUUCCAUAAAGCUUCAAUUUAAUAUCAACCUUAUCUACAACCGACAAUGUGGUACAUUUUAGUUGAAAACUAACUCAAAGAUGCCAUAACAAAAAAGUAACAAAAUGUAUAUUAAUACAGACGUAGUGCAUAAUUAUCCAUUUUCUCGGAAACGUUCGUAUUUGUCAUGCUACUUCAGUCAACCUCAGUACUUUUUGUACCGAGACUGACUGAAAUAGCAAGACACGUUCGUACGUUUCCGUGAAAAUACGAUGGAAAAUAAUUAUGCACUCCAUCUGUACCUAACUGUAGAAGAAAUAAGUAUCAUUUUCCAUAAAUCCAAUGCCACUUGAUAUCGUAAUCACGCCCUUAAAAUAUUAUCCAAACUAAAUAAAAUUAAUAUUUAAUAUAGUUAAUAAUAUACGUAGAUUUAGUGGUCCGUCCGUUGAAAUUCUUGUUAGUCAUAUUUCGGCUGGAUUACGCAAAUCCGUUAUUAUAUUAAAUGUAUACAUAUAGACAUAAAGACAUUACAUGUUCUCUUUCUAAGAAAAAAAAACUUUGAUGGUAGGUAAUACUUGUUUGUUAAAAAAUACCCUCAUUUAUCUAAACUAAAUAAUAAUACAAAUAAAUACUGGACCUUUGAAGACCUAACUUACUGAUUAUGGGAUAGGUACAAGUGCAAAAAAUAAGGUUAUCUAUCUGUACAUUAAUAAAACGGUAAAAUUUACACAUAUUUAUUAUUUAAAAUACUGCGUUAUAUUAUUUAAUAGCUCCGUACAGAUGUAGUGCAUAGGUAAUUGUUUUCCAUCGUAUUUUCUCGGAAACGUUCGGAUUUGUCAUGCUACUUCAGUCAACGUUAGUACUUUUUGUACCGAGACUGACAGAAAUAGCAAGACACGUUCGUACGUUUCCGUGAAAAUACGAUGGAAAAUAAUUAUGCACUACAUCUGUACAAGAUGUUUAGUGUACAGUUCCAUGUUCCAUCAGAAAAAAAAUGGACGAAUGACGCAGUUUUUUUUUUUCAUUCUUUUUAAAUUCGAAUGGAAUAGACUAAGGAUUUGACUUCAACCAAGUGCCAUCGGAUAAAUUGUGGAAAAAAUCUAGUUCUCGAUUAUAAUUAUAAAAUAAAUUAAAAAUUACAACGUGGGUAUCUAUCCAUUUUUUUCACAUGUGUAAUGUAAAUGUAUAUUAUUUUUCAUA